UGCAGUUAGUAAUGACUAGGGUGUAGAAAGCAAAAAGCACAUAGGAAUAGAAUGCCCAACCCAAUGAUCUUUUUGAUGACGCCUUUCUGAUUCUUUUUCACUCACAUUGCGACUACGACUCUUACACAAGAAUCAUCAGUUCGUUGCGAUCUCUCCCCCUUCUCCCUCUCUCUCUCAAACUCAAUAUAUCGGCAAAAUUCCACGAUUUGGUAUUGACUGCACCGGUUGUGGUGGUGGUGGUGGUGUUAGUGUUAGCUUGUUGUUGUAUUGCAUUUAAGUUUGGAGGAAAUGGAGUUGCGAAAACCCUUCUUCUGCUCCUGGGCUUUCCUUUUUGUCGUCGUCUUUGUUCAAGUUACCAAUGGGUUUUACCUCCCUGGAAGCUAUAUGCACACUUAUUCAAAUAAAGAUCCGAUAUUAGCCAAAGUUAAUUCGUUGACUUCGAUUGAAACUGAGCUUCCCUUCAGCUACUACAGCCUCCCUUACUGCCCACCUGUCGGUGGUAUAAAGAAAAGUGCUGAGAAUCUUGGAGAACUUCUGAUGGGAGAUCAGAUCGAUAACUCGCCGUAUCGAUUCCGAAUGAAUGUUAACGAGACGGUUUACCUCUGUACUGCGUCCCCGUUGAAUGAGCACGAGGUGAAGCUACUUAAACAAAGGACGCGGGAUCUGUAUCAAGUGAAUAUGAUCCUUGACAACUUGCCUGUUAUGAGGUUUACAAACCAAAAUGGUGUAAAAAUUCAGUGGACGGGGUUCCCUGUUGGAUACACUCCACCUGAUGGCGGUGCAGAUUACAUCAUUAACCACCUUAAAUUCACGGUCUUGGUUCAUGAAUAUGAAGGAAGUGGGGUCCAAAUUGUGGGGACUGGAGAGGAGGGUUUGGGUGUUAUUUCCGAGUCUGACAAGAAAAAGGCUUCCGGGUAUGAAAUAGUUGGUUUUCAGGUUGUCCCCUGUAGUAUUAAAUAUGAUCCGGAGGUCAUGGCAAAGCACAAAAUGUAUGAUACUCUUUCGCCUAUAAACUGCCCUACUGAGCUUGAAAAGUAUCAAGUGAUAAGAGAGCAGGAAAGGAUAUCGUUCACAUACGAGGUUGAAUUCGUGAAAAGUAAUAUAAGGUGGCCAUCACGUUGGGAUGCUUAUUUGAAGAUGGAGGGUUCCCGUGUUCAUUGGUUCUCAAUCUUAAAUUCUCUCAUGGUUAUUUCUUUCCUUGCUGGUAUUGUUUUUGUCAUUUUCCUAAGAACUGUGAGAAGGGACUUGACUAGGUACGAGGAACUGGACAAAGAGACUCAAGCUCAGAUGAAUGAGGAGCUCUCUGGAUGGAAGCUUGUUGUGGGUGAUGUGUUUAGGGAGCCUUAUUGCUCGAAGCUUCUCUGUGUGAUGGUCGGAGAUGGGGUUCAAAUUCUUGGAAUGGGUGGUGUUACUAUUGUUUUUGCGGCGCUUGGCUUUAUGUCACCAGCAUCCCGAGGAAUGCUGCUAACUGGGAUGAUCCUUUUGUAUCUUAUCCUAGGCAUUGCUGCAGGCUACGUCAGCGUACGUGUUUGGAGGACAAUAAAAGGAACAGCGGAAGGGUGGAGAUCAAUUUCCUGGUUGGCUGCAUGUUUUUUUCCUGGAAUUGCUUUCAUUAUUCUUACAGUACUAAAUUUCAUUCUAUGGAGCAGUAACAGUACUGGUGCCAUACCCAUUUCCUUGUAUUUUGAGCUGUUCUUCCUCUGGUUCUGCAUUUCAGUACCUCUUACCCUCAUUGGAGGAUUUAUGGGGACAAAAGCUCAGCCGAUUGAAUAUCCUGUGCGCACUAACCAGAUUCCAAGGGAAAUUCCUGCUCGUAAAUACCCAUCGUGGCUUCUUGUUCUUGGUGCUGGAACUCUUCCAUUUGGAACCCUCUUCAUUGAGCUUUUCUUCAUCCUUUCAAGUAUUUGGCUUGGGAGGUUCUAUUAUGUUUUUGGUUUCCUGUUGGUUGUUCUUCUAUUGCUAAUUAUCGUUUGUGCUGAAGUGUCUGUUGUCCUCACUUAUAUGCAUCUAUGUGUGGAAGAUUGGCAAUGGUGGUGGAAGGCAUUCUUUGCUUCAGGCUCUGUGGCUCUUUAUGUCUUCCUAUACUCCAUCAACUACUUGGUCUUCGACCUGCAGAGUUUGAGUGGACCAGUCUCAGCCACGCUUUACCUUGGCUAUUCACUGCUCAUGGCCAUUGCAAUCAUGUUGUCAACCGGCACCAUCGGCUUUCUUAUGUCAUUCUACUUUGUGCACUACUUGUUCUCAUCAGUAAAGAUAGAUUGAGGUUCUUGCUACCGUUGUGCAUUAACUAUGCAAAAGGUUAAUUGAUAUAACUUCUACCGAAUCCUUUUUGUAUCUCGAUCACAUCCUUUUUAUAUCUUGAUCACAACGCAGAGUAGGGCAACGAGUGGUACUUCAUUCUUUGUCUAAAAUUGUUGUCAAACGGUUUUAUGUUGAUGGAAUCUGCGGUUUGUUCUGCUUCUGCCUGUUUUCCAAACUGGUGUACUCAAUCAAGUAAUCAACUGGUGUUUAAGAUCAUUAUGUUUCAAGUAUUUUAGUUUGAAUGUCUUUAGAAGGAUGUAAUUCAAUCUGUCUCGUCUCAUUUCAAUGCUGUAGAAGAAUGAUGCUAGAUAGAUAUAUGGUUUCAGAACAUGUUGUAAUACUCACAGUGCUUCUGGGUUUAUAAUUUUCCAGCUUCUUUGUGGAUUGAAGGAUGGAAAGUGAUCUAGUAUAGGAUAGGGAAAGUGACUUAUUAUAUACUAUCAAAAGGAUUUUAUUUAAACUUGAUUGUUUGCA